UCUCAAAGGGUUACUAUGCAAUUGCGACUGAUUUCUUGGUUUUUUAUCACUUUGAACUUUAUGGAAUACAUUGGCAGCCAGCACGCCUCCAGGGUACGGCGACAGGGAAGAAUGCAUCCUAAUGUGAGCCAGGGUUGCCAAGGAGGGUGUGCUACAUGCUCUGACUACAACGGAUGCCUGUCAUGUAAGCCCAGGCUCUUUUUUGUUCUGGAGAGGAUUGGCAUGAAACAGAUUGGAGUAUGUCUUUCCUCGUGUCCAAGCGGAUACUAUGGGACACGGUAUCCUGACAUUAAUAAGUGUGCAAAAUGUAAAGCUGACUGUGAUACCUGCUUCACCAGAAACUUCUGCACAAAGUGUAAAAGUGGGUUUUACUUAUACAGUGGAAAGUGCCUUGAAAAGUGCCCUGAUGGGCUGGAAGCCAACAACCACACGAUGGAGUGCACUAGCAUUGUGCACUGUGAAACUAGUGAGUGGAGUCCAUGGAGCCCUUGCAUGAAGAAAGGAAAAACUUGUGGUUUCAAAAGAGGAAAUGAAGUAAGGGUCAGAGAGAUCGUACAGCAUCCAUCAGCAAGGGGAAAUCCUUGCCCAGCUACAACUGAGAGCAGAAAAUGUACUGUACAAAGAAAGAGAUGUCAGAAGGAAGGAAAAGGGAAAAAAAAUAGAGAGGAGAAAAGAAAAAAAUCCAACAAAGAUGAAAGCAAGGAGACAAGACAGGAAAGCAAAGGGCGAGCAGCCCGAAGACAAAACCGAGAACAGAGGGAAAACAACAACAAAACGCAGCCGAAGAAAAGGAAAGCCCCAAACAAAGAACAGGACCUGGCACCUGUUGACACUGCACAUUAA